AUGGGGCGAGGCGGGCGCCGCAGGCCCACGGUCCGCCACGGUGCCGCCCUCGCGUCUGUGGGCACUGUGGGCGAGGCCGCCGAGCUCAUGCUGCUCCUGAAGGCCGAGGGGCAGUCGGCGGAGCCUUCGCCAGUGGCGGCGGAGGCGCAGGCCGAGGCGGCCACGCGCGCGGGAGGCGGGCAGGAGAGCGAGGGCCGCCUUUGCCUCGAAGCCCACGCACAGCGCCUCGUCGGCUGUGGCGCUGAGCUCGUCGCCGCCCUGGGCGGCAGCACCUUGGCGAAAGGGCUGGAGAAGCUCAGGGACCAGGGGAAAAGGAGGAGGCCGAGGAGAGCGUGCGCUGGCCACGGCGCCCACGCAGAGCUCACGGUGCCCCCCGCCCGUCAGGCCUCUCAGACCUCGGCCCCGAGGCGGCGGGUCCCCCCGGAGGCCUGUCGCCAUGCUCCGGUCGGGGCCCAGGCUUGA